AUGGACGGCUGGGAUAACACGACCAAGUCCACGGUUCAAAAGAUCCCGCUGCUGACCGUAAAAGCAGGCCCUCGAGACGAUCAAUGGAAGCAGCGACUCAAGGAGGAGUUCCAGGCGCUGAUCGAGUACGUGAAGAUGAACAAGGCGCGCGACAACGACUGGUUCCAGCUCGCACCCGCCAAUGCCGAAGGCACCAAGUGGAAGGGCAAAUGCUGGUACGUGUACAAUCUGAUCAAGUACGAGUUCGACCUGCAGUUUGACAUCCCCGUCACCUACCCUGCUACCGCGCCAGAGCUAGAGCUGCCAGAAUUGGAUGGCAAGACAGCCAAGAUGUACCGGGGAGGAAAGAUUUGUCUCACGAUACAUUUCAAGCCUCUGUGGGCAAAGAACAG